UCCAAAGUCUCAUGUGGAAAAUGCUUCCUGUGAUACUCGCGGCUCUGCUGGGAUCAGCAGUAACAGGCCGAAACAUUAAUCGAAUUAUUGGUGGAGAGGAAUGUCAGUCCGACUCACAUCCAUACCAGGUGGCCUUGCACUAUUUUAGUUCGUUUAUUUGUGGUGGUGUCCUGAUAGACGAGUGCUGGGUCCUGACGGCAGGGCACUGCAACAUGACGAACAUUCAGAUACGACUUGGAGCACACAGUAUUUUAAGCCCUGGAGAUUUCGAUCAGUACACGUAUGCUGUGGCCAUGUUCCCUCACCCUGACUUCAAUGAGACAACGUAUGAAAAUGACAUCAUGCUACUCAAACUUGCGUCACCAGCUGUGAUUGGUCCAUAUGUGCAAACGAUACCUUUGGCUGACAUGUUGGUAGAAGAUGGAACAAGUUGCUUAACAUCAGGAUGGGGAACCACUACGAGUCCUGCCGAGACGUAUCCGGAUGUGCUGCAAUGUGUUAAUAUCACUGUUACACCGCACUCUGACUGUAGACUAUACUAUCCCGAUGAUGAGAUAACCGAGAGUAUGCUCUGUGCUGGAGACCUCCACGGAGGAAAGGAUACCUGUCAGGGAGACUCCGGGGGACCCUUGGUCUGCAAUUCAGUGUUACAUGGAAUCACAUCCUGGGGACACCGACCCUGCGGGCAGCCAGCAAAACCCGGGAUUUAUACCAAAGUGGUGAAUUACAUUGAGUGGAUUGAUAAUAUCAUGCAAUCCUACCCCUGUCCAUAGCGUCCUAAACCAUUGU